AGGAGCAGAUAGCUCGCCCACGAAUUGCCGAGGAAGAGGAUAGGUAGAAGACGCAUGCAGCUUAUGGCAGAGGCGGCGUGUGCAGCCAGCUUGGAAGAGGAGAUGGGAAGAAAGCGACGUUUCUGGUGGUGGGGAGAUGGGUGCAAAAGGAUGGGGAAGAGAUAAGGUGUUCCCUGCUUUAGUAGCGCGCAAACAUUAGCGAAAUAGACAUACAUUAUGUCCAGAUUCAAACUCAGGAUUGGAUUUUUUUUUGGGACGGAGGGAGUACUCGUCUUAUCGUCUAGCAUGCAUUUCGGCAUGCAUCUGCAAUACAUAUGUUUGCUGCAGUAAUUUUGUUCUGCCGCGCAGUCGUGCAGGCGUACAGUCUUACCAGGCGUACGGCCGUACAGUCUUGAGUCCUUACCAGAUACAGAUAGCCGUACAGUCUUGCAGGCGUGCGGCCGGGGAUCAUGUCGGAGGGAGCGAUGGGAAGAACUUCCAUCAUUGUGUAGUGAAACUUCUGUGUAACUUAUGAUGAGAUCGUUGUGUAGUCGAUCUCAUCGAUAGACACGAAAGUUGGCUUAUGAUGCUGAAGCUCGAGACGAGGGACGCCAUAGAUAUAGUGAAACUUCUGUGUAAACGGCACCGAGAAGAAGCACCUCGCUCGCUGCUGCGAAAACCACCCAUGCGGUGCUUCCGCCGCCCAAUGUCUUUCAACUAUGACACUCCGGGUAAGGCGUACUAUCUCUACCGUGUGUUCUCCAAUGAUCCACGCCUCAAGCUCCCAAGCUCGGAGCUCAUGCCAUCACUGCAUCAAGCAGCCCAAGUCGAGGCUGCUGCCGUCCAUGAUCAUCUUGUUGGCAUCGACGGCACGGCAAACGAGCUGCUCGGAUGGCUCAUGGCCGCCGACAAGAGCCUCCGGGUCAUGGCCAUUGCUGGACCCGCCGGCAUUGGCAAGACCACUCUUGCCAUGGAGCUCCACCGUCGACUCCGGUGCCAAACUCAUUUCCAGUGCCACGUUGUGGCUAAAUUAUCCCGCAGGCCAGCUCACAGGAGCAAGCAGCUUCUUCUUCAAACCAUCCUCAAGCAGAUCAUGGAGCAACUGGAGGCACCAUCAUCACCUAACAGCUCAGAAAUCACGAUGUUGGAGGACGACCCAGAGCUGUUGGCUCGCAACAUAUCAGAAUGCCUCAAGGAUAAGAGAUACUUUGCUUUGAUUGAUGAUAUAUUCGACGGAUCAGAUUUGGAAAUGAUCAAGGGUGCAUUUCCUAAUAAUAACUGCAGUAGCAGAAUAUUGUUUACAGCUCGCGAUGAGCAGGUUUCUGGGUGGUUUUUGUCUAAUUAUAAUGGGGUUGUGCAUCAGAUGAAGCCUCUCAAUGACUCGGAUUCAGAGAAGCUGCUUCGCACAAAAGCUUUUAGUUCCAUGGAUGGUUGCCUUCCAGACAAUCUUAGGCUAUUAUGUGAUGAAAUCUUGAACAUGUGUAGAGGAAUACCAUUGUUCAUAACUAGUAUGGCAGAUUGGUUGAAACAACAUCAACAGCAAUACGGCAGCUCUGCAGUUCCUAGGGUGGAACAAGUUCGCUUGCUGCUGAAACAAUUUGAACACUUGCUAUCAUUUGAUUACAGUGAUGAGCUGAGACAACCGUCACUCUACCUAAGCAUGUUUCCACAGGGAUAUGUGUUUGAGAACAAGGAUCAUCUUGCCACGAUAUUGGAAUACGAAGGGUUCAUCCCUGAGUGGGAUCUUAGUCCAGAUUUUGGAAAGCGGUAUUUCUCUUGGUUGCUCAACAGGAAAAUCAUCAUCCCAGCAGCAGAGAACUGUGGACUCAAUAUUGAUGAAGAUGACUUGUGCCAGUGGCAGGUCAAUCCUUUCAUACUGAGGUUUCUUGCCUCCAGAGCAGCAGAGAUGGGUCUUGUUUUUACCAGCUCAACGCUCACCUUAGCACCGAGCGGUGGUGGCAACACCACUCGGAUAGCACGCCGUCUAGCUCUCCACCAUCCUGAUCCGCAGCUUCCAGCUAUGCUGCAGCAAAUGGAUUUGUCUCAGACUCGUUCACUACUCAUAUCUGGUGCAGUCGACAGAACAACAGUCCCUCUAGACAAGUUUGCCUAUCUGGUGUUGUUGGAUCUUCAAGGCUGGGAGAAUUUGAAGGAUGAGGACCUACUGCAAAUAUGCAAAAUGUUUAUGCUGAGGUAUCUGAGCGUCAGGAACACAAGGGUCAGCAAGCUCCCACCUCAGAUCAAGGAGCUGCACAUCCUGGGGACAUUGGACGUCAGCCACACCACCAUAAGUGAGAUCCCAUCAGAAGUGUGGGAGCUAAAGCAUUUGAAGAUGCUGGACCUAAGAGGCACAUGGAUAAGACAUCUUCCAGAGAAAGUCAAGGAAUUGACUAGCCUAGAGAGAUUGGAUAUAAGCCACACCAAGAUAAGUGAUCUCCCCUCUGGAGUGUGCCGGCUACCUAAUCUGGAGACGCUAGACCUAAGAGGCACACUAAUAAGCCAGUUGCCAGAUCAAAUUGUGCGGAUAAAGUGGUUGAGAAAUCUUAUUGUUGGUGCUGCUGGAGCUGGAUCUGGAAUGAUUGAUUCCGACCAAACAGUGCUAACAAAGAUACCCGAGACGAUCCACCAAUUAAGAUAUCUAAAGACGCUAGCAACUAUCGAUUUAAGUGAAUUCUCUGUAAAAUCAGUACAGUCUCUUGGUGAUCUGAAGCAGUUGGAGGUCCUCACAAUAACAUGGUCCUUUCACCAGUGCAGUGACAAAGACUACCAACAAGCCCUACGAUCAUCCAUAGAAGGAUGGUGGGAGCUUAAGUCCAUGACUAUUCAUUGUGGGCUCGGUUGUUCCAUGGAGUUCCUCGGUUCUCUAACAGAACCACCUGAAAAUCUUGAGAAAUUUAAGGUAAUAGCUGGAAAAUUUUCCCGUGUUCCCCAAUGGAUCGAAAGGCUCGACCGUCUUACUUUCUUGCAGAUCACGGUCUGCAAACAAGUGGCAGAUGAUGUCAAGAUCCUCGCGGGCUUGAUCAAAUUACAGCGCCUGGUACUAGGCUUGGAGUUCAUUCCUGAAAAUCCAAUAGUGAUUGAGAAAGAAGGGUUCAAAGAGCUUGAGAGAUUCUCCCUUGAUUGCCCUGUCCCAUGGCUGACCUUCGAAGAAGAGGCUAUGCCGAAACUCACAUAUCUUCGACUGAAUUUGCACGCAUCCCCUGCAAGCGAGAUGAGUGUUCCUUCAGGUAUCAACAACCUUAAAGAGCUUACAGAGGUAACACUAUGCUACAACAUACGGUACAUCAACAGCCCCAACAUUAAGAUGACGACAGACGCAGUUAGCAAAGAGGUUGCCAAGCAUAGCAACACUAUUGACCUUUUCAUCAAAUGGCAUCAGAAAAGAUGUUAUUCGGUCAAGUGACAAGAAGGAAGAGAGUGCAACAGGAUCCGAAGUCGAUGCAGCGGAGGAUGGUGCUCAAGCGGCCGAUGAGGCCACACUGAGGACAACAAUACAGGUUCAAAGCGAGAUUGAAGUUGAAGGUGAAACAGAGAGCCAUACUUAACUCUAAGCAACCAAGGUCCCAAGGAAAUGGGGAUGAUGUCCUCCUCUCCUGACUCCUAAGGGGACAGAGUUAAUAAAGGAGGACGGCCUGCACUGCUUCAGCUUCGAUUAGGAUUUAGGAGCAGACAAGAAGAAGCUUCUGUACUUUUGCUGGCAAAUGGCAUAAAACUCUUGCAUCUCAUGGUCGCUUCUGUAUUGCCGUUGGCCAGUUUGUAUCUGUACAUUAUCUAAAAAGUUUGUAUCUGUAAUUUCUGUGUGUAGUUGCUGUUGGCCACUUGUAUCUGUAAGUUCUAUUUCUGUGUCCAUGUUUUCGUUCAAACAUAAUUAUGCGAGUAUAGUCAUGUUGUUGCAGGCUGCAUGUUCAUUCGUAUCAGACUCCCUUGUUGUAAUAGCUAUACAUUGUACCUCUCUAAUUGAGCUAGCUCAUGCA